AUGACACUUCUUGGGUCAUUUUCGCAAGUGCGCAAUAGUAAGCUGGCAAAGUUGUUUGGAAACCACUACAAGGCUGCAUAUACACGGUGGGCGUAUUGUCUACGCAAAGAUAUAGCGACCCCAUCGACCUUCUCCCACUGCUUUGAUCUCCCUCCCAGACUCCCGGGCGAGAGUGUCCAUGACUACUGCCAAAGUUUCCAUCUCAAUGCCGAGGCUGGAAACAUCCUAGACUGGACUCUUCCAGUCGAAUGCGUGGCCUAUGUUCGUCGCUAUACAACUGGUCCUCGAUACUUCGAGGACAUGAGUUUUGUGGCUUACCAGGCCACCAGAUUCUCCCAAAGCAUAAGUGUUCGAGGGCAUGGCCGCGAUAGCUGGGUUUUCGAGGUGGACGAGACUUUGCUCUCCAACGCUGCUUACUUCGCCAAGCACAACUAUGGAGCUUCCUUGUUCAAUCAAACAGACUUUAACAUCUGGGUCGCCCAAGGCAAGGCCACAGCGAUCGUGUCAAUGAGAACACUCUACUGGAAGCUCAUCGACGCGCACUGGACAGUGUAUUUGAUGUCCCAGCGGCGAACCGAGUCGCAGCGCGCAGUCACGGAGAAGAACUUGCGAGACGCGGGUUACAAAGGAUGGAAAAAACUGUUUCUUCAAAGAUCUUCUCGGAGUUUCGUAACCGCUGUUGAAGACAUACGAAACCCAGGAAACUCUGACGUCUAUAAGAAAAUAGAAGAAAAUGGAGGAAUUGUUCAUGCAAGUGUUGGAUCCAAGCGCAAUAUGGGCACAGAUUCUCUCCCUGGGAGCAUGAGUUUCAAGGCACCCAAUGCCAUGUACUGAGAAGUUUUAAAGCUUUGUCUGAUCUUUAGUUUGAUCUUCUGUAUCUUCACAUCCACAAGCGUGUGGAUCCAAGUGUUUUCAAAAGUUA